ACAAAACGGACAGUGCCGAGUGAAGACUGGUGACUACUGACUAGUGGCUACAGCUCAUGCUCAGCUGCUCAAAAAAGGCGCCGAAGGAGAACAUCGCUUCCCACCGUUUGGGUUCCGCUCUUUAAUUCUCGUGUUCGAGACCUCUUCGUCUUCUUCAGGUAUUGUCAGAAAGAAUUCUGGGCGAAUCAAAUGCUUGUGUCUCGUGAGCCUCUAAAUUUCUUCAUCGAUUGACCUGCCUAUCGGAAGUCUGGCUACCUAAAAUGGCCACUUCUAUGUCUACAAAUUUUGCACCUUCGAAAACUAUGAAUGCAGCAGGGGUGCUAACUGUUCACGGGGGAAGAACAUUGACAGAAAACUACACAGGGAGAAGUUGUGGCAUGAAAUAUGACUGGCAUGGAUAUUUUGGUGGCAACCGAAAGUCAGCGCUGCUUCAGGUUAAGUGUUCGGCCAAUUCCCACAACGUCAGCCCAUAUCAUAGCCAGGACCCUUUUCUGAAUCUACAUCCUGAGGUUUCAAUGCUCAAAGGGGAAGGGAACAGCAGGGCGCACAAUCCAAGGAAUGAUAAGACUGCUGGAAAUGUCCCUGAGAGCUUAGGAGAUGCACCUAGUCCGAGCAAUUACAAUGAAGCGAAGAUCAAAGUUAUUGGCGUGGGAGGUGGAGGAUCUAAUGCGGUCAAUCGCAUGAUAGAGAGUUCCAUGAAAGGUGUAGAUUUCUGGAUAGUUAAUACUGAUGUUCAAGCCAUGAGAAUGUCACCUGUCAUCCCUGGUAACCGUUUGCAGAUUGGUCAAGAGCUUACACGGGGUCUUGGUGCUGGUGGCAACCCUGAGAUUGGGAUGAAUGCUGCAAAAGAAAGCAAAGAAUCAAUAGAAGAGGCAGUUUAUGGAGCUGAUAUGGUCUUUGUUACAGCUGGAAUGGGUGGAGGAACCGGCACUGGUGGAGCUCCAAUUAUUGCUGGUGUGGCAAAGUCGAUGGGCAUACUGACUGUUGGUAUUGUCACCACCCCUUUCUCUUUUGAAGGACGAAGGAGGGCAGUUCAAGCCCAAGAAGGAAUCGCAGCCCUAAGAGAUAAUGUUGACACUCUGAUAGUCAUUCCAAACGACAAAUUACUGACUGCAGUUUCUCAAUCUACCCCUGUAACUGAAGCUUUCAAUCUGGCUGAUGAUAUACUUCGGCAAGGUGUUCGUGGUAUAUCUGAUAUUAUUACGAUUCCAGGAUUGGUAAAUGUGGACUUUGCUGAUGUCCGAGCUAUAAUGGCCAAUGCAGGUUCUUCACUAAUGGGGAUAGGAACUGCAACUGGGAAGACGAGGGCUAGAGAUGCUGCAUUAAAUGCCAUCCAAUCACCUUUGCUGGAUAUUGGCAUAGAGAGGGCCACUGGAAUUGUGUGGAACAUAACAGGCGGCAGUGAUCUGACCUUAUUUGAGGUAAAUGCUGCAGCAGAGGUUAUAUAUGACCUUGUGGAUCCUACCGCUAAUUUAAUAUUUGGAGCAGUGAUAGAUCCAUCGCUCAGUGGUCAAGUAAGCAUAACGUUAAUAGCAACUGGGUUCAAGCGUCAAGAGGAAACUGAAGGGAGGCCCCUGCAGGCAAGUCAGCUUACACAGGGAGAUACGACCGGAGGAAUCAACCGGCGACCUUCGUUCACCGAUGGUGGUUCAGUUGAGAUUCCUGAAUUUUUAAAGAAAAAAGGGCGUUCACUUUAUCCUAGAGCUUAAUACUCCUUUUAGCCUGCUCUGCCUUCUUUAAAUCCUUCCAUUUGUCAAGGGGUGGAAAAAUAUAUAUAAUAAUAAGCACUUCCAUUUCUUGAUGAGUGCAUGGACUUUUAGGAAUGUAAACAAACUGGCCAAGGUAUUAGGUCCCUUUUUUGCCUUGGUUGGCACCUUUAGGUUAGAGUUGUGCAUAUCCUUUGUUCAUGAAAGUCAAGUGUUUCUAGUUUCUUUUUUUCUUUUUUUUUCAAUAAAGUGUUUCUAAUUUCUACUU